AAAUUAAAUGUCAUGUCAGUGUCACAUGUCACAUCGCAAAUCCCAAGUUUUUGUGGAUGUCACCUUUACAGGUCGAAGUAAAGAUUUAAUAAAUUAAAAAAUACCAAAAUUUGAAAUCAGUAUUCAAUUACAUAUUCUUUUUUCUUUCCUAAUUAAAUACCAAAAAUUUACAAAAAUGCAGUGUUCAGUUUAUAAAGUAUUUUCUACAUCUGUAAAGCCCACUUUAAGACAUAACCAAAGAAUACUAGGAAACUUAUUACAAAAUCGUUAUUACUCAAGCUCUGAAGAUGCAGAUAUUGUUGUUAUUGGAUCUGGACCUGGAGGUUACGUAGCAGCAAUUAAAGCGGCUCAAUUAGGCAUGAAGACAGUGUGUAUUGAGAAAAAUCCAACAUUGGGUGGUACAUGUUUAAAUGUCGGGUGCAUUCCAUCCAAAGCUUUACUUAACAACUCACAUUUCUAUCAUAUGGCACAUUCUGGAGACUUGGCAGAAAGAGGAAUCGAAACUAGUGGUUUAACACUUAAUUUAGAAAAGCUAAUGGGACAAAAAUCUAAAGCAGUGACUAGCUUAACAGGUGGUAUAGCUCAGUUGUUCAAGAAAAACAAAGUCACUUUGAUUAAAGGGCAUGGUAAGGUAACUGGAGCUAAUCAGGUAACUGCUACUAAAGAAGAUGGAUCCACUGAAGUUGUCAAUACAAAAAAUAUACUUAUUGCUACCGGUUCUGAAGUUACACCAUUUGCUGGAAUUGAUGUUGAUGAAAAAACAAUUGUAUCAUCAACUGGCGCCCUAUCCCUUAGCGAAGUACCCAAGAAGCUUAUAGUCAUAGGAGCUGGAGUUAUUGGUCUGGAAUUGGGUUCAGUCUGGUCUCGCCUGGGAUCUGAAGUGACAGCUAUCGAAUUCUUGCCAGCCAUUGGUGGACAAGGCAUUGAUGGAGAAGUAGCCAGAUCCCUUCAAAAAAUACUUACGAAACAAGGUUUGAAAUUCAAACUGAAUACUAAAGUUACUGGAGCUUUAAGAGAAGGUAGUGGCAUUAAAGUCAACAUUGAAGACGCCAAAGAUUCUAGUAAAACAGAAACUCUUGAUUGUGAUGUAUUAUUGGUUUGUGUGGGAAGGCGGCCGUAUACUGAAGGAUUAGGUUUAGAAGAAAUGGGUAUUGCUAAAGAUCAAAAAGGAAGGAUACCAGUAAAUUCUCAUUUCCAAACAGUUCUUCCUAAUAUUUACGCUAUUGGGGAUUGUAUUCAUGGACCUAUGUUGGCUCACAAAGCAGAAGAUGAAGGUGUUGCUUGUGUGGAAGGUAUCAAAGGUGGUCCAGUGCAUAUUGAUUACAACUGUGUUCCAUCUGUCAUAUAUACUCAUCCUGAAGUCGGUUGGGUUGGUAGAACCGAAGAAGAUCUGAAGAAUGAAGGUGUUGCUUAUAAUGUUGGUAAAUUCCCAUUUGCUGCUAAUUCCAGGGCUAAGACUAAUAAUGAAACAGAUGGUUUUGUUAAGGUAUUGGCUGACAAAGCAACUGAUAAAAUCUUAGGCACACACAUCAUUGGCCCAGCUGCUGGUGAACUAAUUAAUGAAGCUGUUCUUGGACAAGAAUAUGGAGCAUCAGCUGAAGAUAUUGCUAGGGUGUGCCAUGCUCAUCCUACGUGUUCAGAAGCCCUUAGAGAAGCCAAUUUGGCUGCGUACUGUGGAAAACCUAUUAACUUCUAAGUUUAACGUAUUUAUGCAAUACAUCUUUUGUUUUUUUUUUACUUUUUUUUUCUGUACAUACAUAGACUUACGUCGAUUAAUUUUAACUGUAUUUAAAAAACGAUUUAAUUGUGAAAAAAUAUAGGUUAUUUAUUUCUAA